GCUCUGUCUGGUUCAUCUCCCAGUGUUCCCAAAUCGAAUUUGGGGAGGUUCGAAACUAGGGUUGUAAAACACAGAGUUGAUGAUCAUCAUCAGAGGCUCGAUUUUUCUAAUCAAAUGGUCUCGAAGUCUUCGAUCAAUGAUGUAUGGAAUCUGAAUUGGGCAGAGGUUGAAGAUUGAGGAUUGCGAAAGGGUCUCUGAUUCUGAAUCAUGCAAUAAGAUUGAACUGAUAAUCAAGUGCUCCUGGUAUACUAAUGUCGCUAAAUAAUCUAUUUUCACUGGAAAGCUGCUUCUUCCUAAAACGUAACUUCUCUUCAUUAAUCUUGUAGGUUCUAAACCAUGGCAAUGGGUGAGAAAGUUCUGCGUAAGAAAGCAAAGAAGCGUGAAUUGAAGGGAUCGCAAAAGAAUAAACUUGUCCCUGAACAAAUACCUGCCCUUGAGGAACUACUUCGUGAUGUUUAUGUCAUUUGUCGUCCAAAAGAAAGUGAUUAUUACAAUCGCAAAGAUUUGGUUCGAAUCUUCAAUGUGAUAGCAAAGGAAAUCUAUGGAAAAUCUGAUGAUAUUCCUGUCGUGGAGCAAUUUGGAUCUUUCUUAAUGGAUAUCUUCAGUGCUAAAAGUGAUCUAGACUUGUCUGUUAAUUUUAGUAACAAUGCAGUUGAUUUCCCCAAAGAGAAGAAGAUUCAGACCCUUCGAAAGUUUGCAAAAAAGUUAUAUGCACUCCAAAGAAAGGGACACGUUUCCAGCGUCCAUCCAAUUUUGACAGCUAAGGUUCCUAUUUUGAAAAUUGUUGAUCGUGGAACUGGAAUUGAAUGUGACAUUUCAAUUGAGAACCGGGAUGGAAUUGUGAAAUCCCAGAUUGUCCGCCUGAUUUCUUCAAUCGAUGAUCGAUUUCAGAUGCUAAGCUUUUUGAUGAAAGCUUGGGCAAAAGCACAGGAUAUUAACAGUUCGAAAGAUCGAACGAUGAACUCCUUAUCCAUAAUAUUAUUGGUUGCAUUCCAUCUCCAGACUCGUGAUCCACCUAUAUUACCUCCAUUCUCUGCAAUAUUUAAAGAUGGGACAGAUCCUGUGAUGGUGGGGAAGAUUGUUAAUAAUUUUUUGAACUAUGGAAAAAGGAAUAAAGAAUCCCUGGGUGAGCUCUUUGUUACUCUGCUAAACAAGCUAUUAUCGGUUGAAACACUUUGGGCCAAAGGUCUUUGUGCCAGCACAUAUGAAGGAUCUUGGAUAUUGAAAACAUGGGAUUCUAAAAUCGGCUGUAUAAGUGUUGAGGAUUUCACUGAUCGAUCUCAAAAUGUUGCAAGAGCGGUAGGAAAAAAACAAGUAAAAAAGAUCUACGAGUGCAUCCACCUUUGUAUGCACUAUGUUUUUAAUUUUAUGAAUGGUAAGAUUGAAGGAACUAAGCUAAGAGAACUUUUGUUUGGCCGGGAACUUCUACCUGCUCCAGUAUGCACAACGAAAAUUGAUAAAAAAACAGUAGAGCCCUGCAUCCAGACUAAAAAGAAGCGUCGAACUGAAUGUUCAGGGGAAACAGAUGGAGCUAUUCCUGUCAAGACAAAAAAGAUGCGUUCUGCAGAAGGUUGGGAAGGAACAACGCCUACAAGUGGUUGGGAAGGAACACUGCCUACAACAGUUUUGGGUGGAAAACCGCCUACAACAGGUUGGGGAGGAACACCGCCUACAACAGGUCGGGGUGGAACACCGCCUAUGAAAGGUUGGGGAGGAGCACCACCUACAAUAAGUUGGGGUGGAGCACCGCGUACAAACGGUUGGGGAGGAACACCGCCUAUAACAGGUUGGGGUGGAACAACGACUACGAAAGGUUCGGGUGCAACACCGCCUAUGACUGUUUGGGGAGGAACACCGCCGAUGAAAGCUUGGGGUGGAACACCGCCUACGACUGGUUGGGGAGGGACACAGCCUACAAAUGGCUGUGGAGCGACACAGCCUACAAACGGUUGGGGAGGAACACUGCCUACAACGGGUUUGGGUGGAACACCGCAUACAAAAGUUUGGGGAGGAACACUGCCUACAACAGGUUGGGGUGGAACAACGCCUACGAAAGGUUGGGGUGGAACACAGCCUGUGACUGGUUUGGGAGGAACACAGCCUACAAAUGGUUGGGGAGGGACACAGCUUGCAAAAGGUUGGGGAGGAACACAGCCUACAACGGGUUUGGGUGGAACACCGCAUACAAAAGGUUGGGGAGGAACACUGCCUACAACGGGUUUGGGUGGAACACCACAUACAAAAGGUUGGGGAGGAACACUGCCUACAACAGGUUGGGGUGGAACAACGCCUACGAAAGGUUGGGGUGGAACGCUGCCUGCGACUGGUUGGGGAGGAACACAGCCUACAGAAGGUUGGGGAAGAACACAGCCUACAAAAGGUUGCAGGGAAACACCGCCUACGAAAGGUUGGGGUGGAACUCCUACAGAAGGUUGGGGUGGAACGCCUUCAGUAGGUUGGGGAGGAAUGCGGAAGGCUGUUGUUCCCAACUCUAUCUGGAGAAAAGAGAUGUGAUCUGCGGAAGGUUGGGCAGGUCCAGUCUUUACCCAAGGCCCAAUUGCAUUGAAAACUCCAGCGGUCCGGUCCUUUGAUACAUCCCCAUAUUCGAUCUCCACAGAAACUGCCACUGGGUUUUGAUGGGUCACAUAGUACGAAUGAGAUGGUUCCCAUGCCUCCUCAUGUUGGAGGAACAAUGCAUGCACAUGCCCCACCUGGAAGACACCAAAUCUCAGGGCAUAGACCGCCACAUUCGAAUGCAUAUAGACGUUUCUAGGAUCUUGUUUUUACCUUUUGUUUCACCUGGGCUGUUCUUGGGUGUUUUUUAACAACUUGGGUGAUGCUUUGCUAGUACACUAGUGAAUCAAGAAACCAUUUUGUAUAUUUUUGUUGGGAGUUGGGACAAACCAGUAAAAUCAUCCACUUGUUGGUUGGUUACACCCAAAAUACACACAAGAAAUGCAAGAAAUCAGUACAGUUGCUUCCUUUUAGUGGAUAAGGUUAAAAUACAUGCGCUGUUGCUAGGUAAUUUCUUUCUUCUCUAUUUAUCUGUAUCCUUAUCUUUUUUACU